UCCGUUACCUCCCUUUCCACACCCCCUCCCGCUCGUUCUCCUGCGGCCGCUGAGGAGAGCGGGGCUGGUGCUCGCCUCUGUCGCCGCGAUGGGCUGCACGUUGAGCGCCGAGGACAAGGCGGCCGCCGAGCGGAGCCGCAUGAUAGACCGCAACCUGCGCGAGGACGGCGAAAAGGCGGCCAAGGAGGUGAAGCUGCUUCUGCUCGGGGCUGGAGAAUCUGGGAAAAGUACCAUUGUGAAACAGAUGAAAAUCAUUCAUGAGGACGGCUAUUCAGAAGAAGAAUGCAAGCAGUACAAAGUGGUUGUCUACAGCAAUACUAUCCAGUCUAUCAUUGCAAUAAUAAGAGCAAUGGGCCGAUUAAAAGUAGACUUUGGAGAAGUUGCCAGAGCUGAUGAUGCCCGUCAGCUGUUCGUGUUAGCUGGGAGUGCCGAGGAAGGAGUUAUGACUCCUGAGCUAGCAGGAGUGAUAAAGCGAUUAUGGAGAGAUCCUGGGGUUCAAGCAUGCUUCGGCCGAUCAAGAGAAUAUCAGCUUAAUGAUUCUGCAUCGUACUACCUUAAUGAUUUGGACAGAAUAUCCCAACAGAGCUAUAUUCCAACCCAGCAAGAUGUCCUGCGGACCAGAGUGAAAACAACAGGCAUUGUAGAAACCCAUUUCACCUUCAAAGACUUGUACUUCAAGAUGUUUGAUGUUGGUGGCCAGCGUUCAGAACGUAAGAAAUGGAUCCACUGUUUUGAAGGUGUUACAGCAAUUAUAUUCUGUGUAGCCCUCAGUGAUUAUGACCUUGUCCUUGCAGAGGAUGAAGAAAUGAAUCGCAUGCAUGAGAGUAUGAAACUCUUCGAUAGCAUUUGUAACAACAAAUGGUUCACAGAUACAUCCAUCAUCCUUUUUCUGAACAAGAAAGAUCUGUUUGAGGAAAAGAUACGGAGGAGUCCACUAACAAUUUGCUACCCUGAAUACACAGGUUCUAACACAUACGAAGAGGCAGCUGCAUACAUUCAGUGUCAGUUUGAAGAUCUGAACCGGAGAAAAGACACGAAGGAAAUUUAUACCCAUUUCACUUGUGCCACUGAUACCAAGAAUGUGCAGUUUGUUUUUGAUGCUGUUACAGAUGUUAUAAUUAAAAACAACUUGAAGGAAUGUGGGCUCUACUAAAAGGAGAGGAUGAUACUGAAAGAUUUCCAAGAUGCUAUGUUUUAAGAACUGGACUGUUUAUUUGCUGCCUCGUGGGACAGCUGCAAGCAUGAACAGGACCAGGGAAUGAAAACAGCAUGCAAAAUCCUUGCAUUCUUUAGCACAAUCUUCUGUACUAGGGACCUUUUUAUUGAUAUGGGAUACUGAAGUUAGACUUAAAAAAGGAACUACUGUUAAGUGUGAUUUUUUUGACCAUCCAGGCAUCACUCGGAUUGCAUAAUUUCAAAUGUGUACAGCUGUUAUGAAGUUCACAUCUCAGAACUUCAAUAUGUAGCUUUUCUUCUUUUAAUAACAAACCACUAGUCUGUUUUUAAGGUUUUUCCAUCAAAAGUAUAUCUUGACUAAAUUUUAUUUCAUUGCAAAUAACAUUUUGGGUUUUUUGUUUUUUAAAUCACUUAACUAUGCACAUGGUAUGACCUGAUCAUGCAGAAAGUAUUCCUCUUAGCAGGAACCUUUUGUUUUUAACAGUUAUAUUGUCAGAACUUGAUAUUACUGCAAUUACUUAAAAGAGCCUUAGGAUUCUUAUGGCUAAAGCUAUGGUUUCUUCUGAUGUAUAAUUUGUUACCAUUCUGCUUUUUGCACUGUAAAGCUUUUUUUGCUCAAAAAAGAGAUCUUCUGCAGCAGGGUAACAGGUUUUUCUGGCUUAUGGGAUGGGAAAGUGAGCCUGGUUUAUGCUGAUUACCAAACCACUGAGUGUGCCGCUGUUGUAGCAGGUAGAAGCCUAUUCCUUGUAUGAAAUGCCUGAAGUGGCUUCCGGUUAGAAAAGAAAAUUGUAAAAUUCAAAACUGGAAGAGGGAAUAUGUGCUGCUACAAAGCUUACUUAAUCAACCACAUAAUUGUUUGUGUGAGUGUUUGGUCUUAAACCAGUGGGGAGUUUUGUAGACAGUACAGUUUGUUUUGCAUUUACCAGGACUUUUCAGAGAUUUCUAAAAUAUAUCAACAGCAUGCCUUUACUCUUUAAAUGUGGUGCCAAGUUCCUGUUUGCCAUUGUUUUUACUGUAGUGAUGUUCUUAAAUAGUCAGUGCAUUUCUUUGCUGAAAUCAUUACAUUGAAACUCCCCCAAUUUAUCAUGUAUAGGUUUCAACAUGAUGUAGUUACUGGCAAUAUUAAAAUGAUGAGUCGAAAGCUUA